GCGUGGCAGCAGGGAUCGCUGGCGCCUCGUGUCUCAGUCUUCCGGCGACAUGCAGCGAGUGAGCGUGCUGAGUUUUGCGUUGCUGGGAGCGCUGCUGGCCGCGGGCUGCCACGCCAAGGAGUCGGACUUCAAAGUGGAGAAACUGUUCGUGCCCGAUGAGUGCACCGAGAAGUCCAAGACGGGCGACAUGCUCACCAUGCACUACCGCGGCACGCUGGACGACGGCAAGCAGUUCGACUCCAGCCACGACCGGGACCAGCCGUUCUCGUUCCAGCUGGGCGUGGGGCAGGUGAUCAAGGGCUGGGACCAGGGCCUGGUGGACAUGUGCGUUGGCGAGCGCCGCCGCCUCGUUAUCCCACCUGAGCUGGCGUACGGCGACCGUGGGGCGGGUGCAGUCAUCCCAGGAGGUGCAACACUGACAUUUGAAGUGGAGCUUCUGAGCAUUGGAGAUUCACCACCGCCAGUGAAUGUUUUCAAAGAAAUUGAUGCAGACAAGGACCAGAAUCUUUCAAGGGAUGAAGGGCAGCAGAACAAUGCUGAUGCAGGUCACGCUGUGAAUAUCUUCAGGGAAAUAGAUGCUGAUAAAGACGACAAUCUUUCAAAAGAUGAGGUCAGCGAAUACCUGAAGAAACAAAUGGUAGCAGCUGAAGAAGGAGGAGACAGUGAAGAAGUGAAACGCAUGCUAGAGGACCAUGACAAACUUGUUGAUGAAAUAUUCCAACACGAAGACAAGGACAAGAAUGGCCUCAUAUCUCAUGAUGAGUUCUCUGGUCCAAAACAUGAUGAACUGUAACACUGUGUGAAUCUUUGUGCAAAUACACGUUUACUGAAAAGACUACUGUGUGUGUGUGUGUGUGUGUGUGUGUGUGUGUGUGUGUGUGUGUGUGUGUGUGUGUGUGUGUCAAACCUUAAAAGUACAUUGCUGUUUAAGAAAGGAAGAUAUUGUGUGUAUGUGUCCUUUCCACAUUACUACUACAGAAAUUUUUCGAUAUUAAAUUAUUGUUCAGUGGUUUAUCAGUACAGACAAUUUUCAAAAAUUAAAUUGAGCAUUGCGAGAGGUUUUUUUAUAUAAAUAUGAGAAUAUGUUAAAGAUAUGUGAUGGUUAAUAAAAAUUGUGGAAAAAUAA